CCUGCCCCAGUCCUAAUUUUAAAUGUUUGGGUGGAAAAGAGUUGGAACAGAGCUUGGAUCAGCGUCUACAGGCAACUCCUUGUUUGAGUAAUAUGAAGUGGGUGGGCCUUCAUGAGAGGUGUUCGCAAAGUCUGCCCCAUCCAGAAGCUUCUCUCUCCAUACCCAGUCCCUCUUCCACCUCUCUCUUCCCCUCUUUUUUUGAUCCAGCCCUCACUAGCACAUGCUUCAGGAGCUCUGGAGACUCAGUCCAGUCGUCCUAGCUCGACACAGGAACCAUCAUGGCCAACUGCAGCAGUGUAUCCAGACUCGUCCUUCUGGUCCUGCUAGGCCUCUGGCUAGCCACCAUCCACUCAGAGACCGUGGAAGACCCCACGCCAACUUUACAAGGGGACAACCAGGACACACUGUCUGGUGGCGGGGCAUAUGACGUCACCACCAAAGAUCCCUUCAAGGAUAUGACGGAGAGAGUAUUAACCUUAGAGUAUGAGGACACCACCCACUCACAGGCCAUGGAUGAGGAGGAAGGUGUCCUGGGCCCGGGCGCCAUCACAGCUAUUGUCAUCGCUGUCUUCCUGGGGGCUUCAGUCCUCCUCGCCCUCAUUGUCAUCACACUCAGGAAGUUCACCGCUUCCUAGAGCCACAACUUCCUCUUCCUCUCUUUCAAUCUCUCACACUUUUCUUACCUCCACUUCUCUCUCUUAUUCAUCUAUCUUCAUGGUCUUUCUUGCCCAUUCUCUCUCUUCUCACUUUUGCUCAGUUUCUCUUAUACGCAUACAUAUUGUGAAUGUGACAACCCUUCUAUAACCCCUGGAUGCUCUAAUAUAAUGUGGCAGGUCCCUUUGGCCUUGAAGCACAACCGACAAUGAAUUUCCUUCAGACUCUAGCUACUAUAAUCAUAUUGUUUAUGUUGGCACACAUGUCCACUUGUUGCUAAAGGGUCAAUCCUAGCUUCCACUCAAGUCAAAAUUGAUUUAAGUGGAAGUUAGGAUUUGCCAAUAAGAUUACAACAGAGACGGGCAGGUUCUUCCAGUGUAUAAAAAUGCUGAUCAGGCCAUUAUUUUGGCUACCAUGGCUAUGCCCCCAUAGGAUGACAAUGCCCCCAUCCACAGGGCACAAGUGGUCACUGAGUGGUUUGAUGCGCAAACGAUGUAAACCAAAUGCCAUGGCCGUCUGUCACCAGAUGGGAUAUUCUGGAGUGGUGCUUGUGACAGCAUUUUCCACCACCAUCAACAAAACACCAAAUGAUGGAAUUUCUCAUGGAAGAAUGGCGUUGCAUCCCUCCA